AUGACGGAAAUCAGCGAAAAGGAGAGCGAGCCUCAGAACCGGGACCUUACCAGGCAGGGCACCAACCAACCCGAAUCAAAGUUGCAGAGGCUGAAACGCUCCUUGUCCCUCAAAUCAGUCAUACGCAGCAAGAGUGUGGACAACUUUUUCCAGCGCAGCAAUGGUGAAACUCCACCAGCCUCAGCCCUUAUCACUGCACCGCCACCUCUACCUUCUCCUCCUCCCUUCUCUGAAUGCCCCUUGAGCUAUGAGGGCUCUCCCUCCAUAUCUCCAUCUGUAACUUCCAACCCUUCGUUUUUGUCACACUCCCCAUCCAUCAGUCCUUCACUGUCCAGGACCUUUAAAACCCAACCAAAGUGUCAGACCCAGCCAGUCAAGACCCACUGUUUUCAGGAACAUGUCUUCCGUAGGUCUGCGAGCUGCCAUCGAUGCAAACUCAUGAUCCAAGGGAACUCCAAACAGGGUCUACGUUGUAAAUCCUGCAAACUGGCAGCCCACCUCUGGUGCUCUUCUGAGCUCUCCCAGCAGGCCUGUAAUGGGAAGGCAGGAGCUUUUAAGAAGAACUUCAGCUCUCCUAUGCUGACCAUUGAUCCGCUGGGUGCAGUGAGGGAAGUUCCUGCAGCUCAGGAGACAGAAAGUGUCAUUGUUGACCCCGUGUACGAGGCGCUGCGCUACGGGACGUCACUGGCUCAGAUGAGUCGCUCCAGCUUCGGAAGUAUCUCCGAAUCCCCCUGUCAUGAGGCAGAAAAACUGCAAGACAAGUUAGAAAACCAGCCUAUCACAGAAGAGGAACAGAUUCCAGGAAUGCUCACCCCUCCUGAAAGCGAGAAGGCCGAUUCAGAAGACAGAGUCAGCCUGAAGACUCCCAAGCGAGUAGAGGUUCACUCCAUUCACACCUAUGUCGCCCUCUACAAGUUUCUGCCUCAGGAGAAGAACGACUUGGAGCUACAGCCUGCUGACAGAAUUCAAGUCAUAGAUGAUUCCAAUGAAGACUGGUGGAAGGGAAAAAUCAGAGACAAGGUGGGAUAUUUCCCAGCCAACUUUGUGCAGCGGGUUCGCCCCGGUGAGCGGGUGUGGAAGGUCACCGCAGGUUUCCACGGCAACCGAGAAAAAAGUCAGAUGACUGUGAAAGAGAAUCAGAUCUGCGUGGGGAAAAACGAGGAGACUGACGGCUUCCUUCGGCUGAGCAGCGGCAAGAAGAGAGGCCUGGUCCCUCUGAAGUGUCUUCUGGAAGUAUGAUGGCAGCGUGCCUCUCCUUGACCCACAGUUGA